GCUCGGUUCUCACUUGCCAUACGAGCCCAUGAAUGGAGUUGAUGCAUGCGUGACAGGCGCGCAUGGCUAUACCACUGGUGCUAGACGUGCGGAGCCAGCCAACUUAUGAAGCGGGGCACGCCAUCGAUGCGUACAACAUCCCUUUUGAUGAACUACGCGAUAGAGGCUUCGAGAUGCCAAGCCACAAAAUGCCAUUGGUGGUCGAGUGCGACGCAGCCGACGUCGAGACAGUCCGGGAGUGGUUCGCCACCAGAGACGAGCGGUGCCGCUGGAACGUCGUCGACGUGCGCGCCGCCAGCGCGGAGAAAUCGGGCCCCGGCGCGCCCGGCCGAUUUCUCUUCUCCGGAUCACCGCUCCUGGCAGCAAUGGAGCAGCACGUGCAGGCUGCUGCCGCGGCGCCGGGGUCGCGAGCGCUCGACGUGGGAAGCGGCUCCGGCCGCGACGCGGCGCUGCUGUGCUGUCGGUACGGCUUCGAUUUGGUGUGUGCCUUGGACCGCGACGCGAAGGCACUGAACCGCUGGACGCGUUUACUCGAUCGGCAUCAAGUGGCGCGCGAGUCGCGCGUCGCUGUCGAGGCGACAAUUCGCGCGGAGGGAGACCUCACCGCAGCUCUUGCAUCGCUCCCGGGGCCGUGGGACCUCAUCCACGCGGCGCGGUUCCUGAAACGAGAAAUGCUUGCGGAGCUCGCGUCGCUCCUCGCCCCGGGCGGCCUGCUGCUGUUCCACACCUUCUGCGAGGACCCGCCGCGGGCGCAGCACGCCGUCGCGCCGGGAGAGCUCCGGCGCGCGUUUUCUUCGCUCGAGAUCCUCCGCGACGACGUGGGGGCCAUCGACGACGGGCGCGAGCUGUCGUUUUUUGCGGCGCGGAGGCCUGCAUAGUGUAAUGUUGUGAUCUAUGUCA